AGCCAGCGCCCUCCAGAUGUUUUGGACUGCGACAUCCACUGUAUGUUCUCUCAGGCCCUUCUGGCCGAGAUUCAUAGGUACAAAGCGUAGCACCUUGUCCUGCUUUGGGAGAUAUUUAAUUACCCUGAGCGUAGCCGCUGGCGCGCUUAUGAUCGGUGCUAUGCAAAACGCAACCCGCCAGGCUUUACUAAAAGCCACAACAGCUGGGUUCAGGCCACACGCAGGACGGCUUCACCAAACGGCGGAAGAGAAGACCGACCCCCAGCUGCGACUUGGCUUCAGUGCGGAGCGUCUCCAAAAUGCCUUUCGACGCUUUCGCAGAGACGCAGCUCGCUCCAGCGUCCAGAAAGCGGCGCUGCGGCUAGGCCGGAGGAAGCCGCGCCGAAAGGAAGCGACAGGCCGCGGCGGCUGCUCGGCGAGCAUGGCCGGGCAGCGGGGCGGAGAGCCGGCGAAUUAUGUCGCGCGCCUUUCCGAGUGGGCGGACGCGCACCUCACCCUCGUCCGGAACAUCAGUACUGGAAUGGCAAUAGCUGGAGUGAUUUUACUUGCCAAGAGUAUCAAACUGACAACCAAAUUCACAAAUGUUUUGGAAAUACCCCCGGAAUUUAUAAAGAAGAAUGUUAAGCUACGGGGACAAUUACAUCGAAUAUCUGAGCAAGGAUUAGAAAUUGAACAUGUACCUAUUACCCUUCCAAUCAUUUCAUCUCUGCAGAAAAGAUGGCAUUCAGAUGGUUUGUUGCUUGUCAGGCUGGCUGGUGUGGAGUUAGCACCAGAUGGUGUAAUCUGGUUAAAAGAAGAAAUAAAACCUUCACAAAUGAUUUGGUUCCAGCUUUUGGGCAGAAAAAAUUCAGGACUUGAUUGCUUUGUAAUAGUAAAUAAGGGGAGAUUUUCCAGUAUUUGUCUAAAUGAAGAGAUCCUGCAACAAGGGCUUGGCAAGACAGUUCGUAUUGAAGGACUAGCUCAUGAAUCCCGGAUAUACUGGAAACUUCACAAGAGGCUACUUCGAGCAGAACUGAAAGCUGUGAAAAAAAAGAAAGGAAUCUGGGAAGAAGAAACAUUUAUUGAAAAACUUAAAGGGCACAUAAGCAAUUAUAAAUGUAUCCAAAAAUUAAAACAGUUUGCAACGUGGCUGAGAAUCUGGCCAUGAAAAUAGCAGCCUUUUUUGCUUGGGAGGACCCUGUAUGGACCAGGGAGCAGCAUUACAUUAGUUUCUGUGAGAAUGAUGUAACUAAGCUCUUAAGAGAAGAAAAUGAAAACAUGGGAUACAUAUUUCUUAAGAAAAUGUGCAUGUACAACAUGCAUAAUUAUUGUUAAAGUUUUAAUCAGCUUUUUAAAGCUGAAGAACCCACUUAAGGCUGCCUAAAUAUUCAAGGGGAAGAAAACACAAAAUUUAAUGUGAAUUGAGGAAAUAUGGAAAUACUGCUGAUACGGCUUACUCGGAUUAGAGCAAAAAAAAAAAAAAA